AUGCUUUGUUUUGAUAAUAUCAAUUCCGGUACUGUAAAACCCGCAUUAGACAAAUAUGACGGAUUCCACAUCGAUUACGAGUAUAGAAACCCAGGACAAUAUUGCUCAGUAGAAUCGGAAGACGAAAACCAAGAGUCUGACACUGAAGAUUCAGCUUCUUUUGGAACGGACCGAACGGUGGAACGAAGUUGGGAAAAAGAAGCGUCCAGCCAAUCGCCGGCAAAGUCAUUCAGCUGGGAGAACUUCGAAGAAGACGUCAACAUCGAUUGGAGGCGCGAGAUGAAGAAAAAAUUUUCGACCGCAGUUGCAAAUUGGAGGGAUAGACGAACACCCCAUCAGUUCAUGGAUGCCGACUGCGACAUCUCUCCUGCCGAUCAUUUUCCUGUGAAGAGCGAAAAAGGAGGCGCCAGCCUUCAUGCCCUGACAAAGCAGUUCAAGCUCAUCAAGCUCUUCAAAAAAGGCUCGGCUGACGAUGAAAACCGAAUCGAUGUUUUGUUCGACAUUCUUCUUCAGGUAAAGGCGGAGGGCGAAGACGCGCUUGAACUCUACCGCGAUGAAGACGGCCGAUUCAAAGUCACAACGAAAAAGUGUGAUCGAAAACGAAAAAUGGAAUAUUCGGACAGUUCUUGUGACGAAGCCAAGGAAUCACCCGCCGAUGACAAUGCGAAAUACGAUGAUUACCAUUCGGAAGAUGACGAAGCCUGGUGA